AUUGUAUGUUACUUCGGUUAAAUUCCUCGAACGUUAAAGGCGAUAUUUAAUGGUCAAUUAAAUAUUUGCUUUUCCGGACCUUAGGCUACACUUGAAAAUAGCUUACAGUGAAAGCGUUGAGCAGCAAUAGUAAUUUGUGCUCAUGCCCUCCACUGUGAUGGAGAAAAUGUAGUAUUUGAAGUUGUAGUAUUUCACUAUAUUUGGUAUUGUUUUCAUAGAAAGAUGUAGAAUGGAGUUACAGGACCAAACAAUAACCUGUGUGCAUAGUCUACAACACAAUCUUAAUGCUUUAAAUAGAGAUCUUUUUUUAUUGUUAUUGUUAAAAGGGUUGGUUGUCUUGGAAAAAAGUACAAGACUGGUCCGAUGAGAUAAAUUACUAAAAAAAGAGAUGAGAUUGGUUCACUAGUUGUCAUAUCCCUUCCCGUGCUAUAGGUGGGAGGCAUGCGCUUAUCGUGAGGUUUCACAAGAUGUGAAUCGCUGAUGGAAAUUGUGCUGCUGGGGCAAACUUGCGCCAUUCACUCCUGUCAUCUAAAUAUUUUACAUCCAAGUAAUAAUAUACCGGUUUACGAAAAUAUGAGCGAACACAGCUUCGAGGAAAUGGCGACAUUUAUAUCAUUUCAGUCUCAGUUAGUGUCUAUUAUGGAUACACUGGCGAAAACGGCAAUAUUUGAGAUCAGUAAACUUGUCGAUAUCGAAUCCAGGGGUCUAAAGCAGGAAAUUUCUCGCAGUCAAAGAGAAAUUGCCUCGUUGAAAAACAAACUGCAGAUGAUGGAGAGCCUUAUUUUGAAUGUCGGAGAACAUGAACGUAAUGCUAUAUCUGAAGACAGUGUUAUAACAGGGGAACGAACGCCAGAAGAUCGUAACAUGAAAAUCUGUAUUGAUGGACCACAGUCCAGCAAAGACAUUCAACGGAUUAAAGGCGAACCUACACAUGAAAACAUAUACAACCCCUCGGAUGGAUGUCAUCAAGUGGGAAAGAAGUCCACAGAUACCCAUCAAGUUUUCAUCAAGGAGGAGCAAGUUGAAGUGCAAUUGUGCUAUAGUAAUUCUCCAGAAAUGUUCAACAGUUGUGAAGACAAAAUUAGUUUGGGCAAUGAUGAUUAUGCAAGGACUCUUUCAACUGACAAACAGGACAGUGAAGGCACUUCUGAAACACCAGCCCUCACCACAAGAGCUCAAGUGAGUCAGAUUGCAGAGCCCUCCCCAACACAGCCACAUGAGCAGGAUGGUGAGACAAUCGUUGAGACACAUUCAACAACUCCAGAGAGGGAGGCCUUGCUCUUUGAGUCAAAUUCCCAGAUCAACGAGGCCCCUCAGGUGUUGCAAAGUCCCAGUAUUACAAGGACUCCGUGGAAUAGCGACCAAGGGGCUGGCAGGGGUGACAGGCGCUUCAUUUGCACCUACUGCAGCAAGAGAUUCCGGUGCUUCAGUCAGCUGGAGACGCACCAGAGGAGCCACACGGGCGAGAAGCCCUUCCACUGCACGCUGUGUGGGAAGAGGUACGCCCAGAAAGGGCACCUAUACACCCACCAGAGGACACACACAGGCGAGAAGCCCUACCGCUGCAUGGUCUGUGGCAAAGGCUUCAUCCAGAAGUGCACACUCGACAUGCACCAGCGCACUCACACAGGAGAGAAGCCUUUCCUUUGCCUGAGAUGUGGGAAAGGCUUCACCAAGAAAUGCAAUCUGAAAAAACACCAGACUAUUCACACAGAGCUUAGUGGUGACUUUUGGGAAGCAUAUUGAGUCUCAGGGCACUAGAAGGACAGGUGCUGUUACUGAUACUUUAGUGCAGCUGUAAGUAGCUACUGAAGGCCUACAAGUCCAUGGGUAAUUAGAAACAAUGCAAAUAAAUUGUAUUUACAUGGGUGUGCAGUACACAGUAUUUGAAAUGACAUGUAGAACGUAUGGUAUGUGUAUUACAAUAUGUAUAUUUUAUACAUAUACUCUUUUAAACCCUUAGACUGUUGUUUUGAGAGAUAAUGCAGCCUUUUUGAUAUAGUCACAACCAGGCCUACCACAUUGCUAGGGUCUAAACUAUUUAAGUAAAAAUAAUGGUUGUAGGGAAGUUACAAAUGUUGCAAAUCAAAACCCAACCCUCGGUAUAUAACCAGAAAAAACUGUAGGUUUCUUGCAAACGCUUUACGUUCGUGCCGAUUAGACCAUAUAGGCCAGUCUAUGGUAUAGACUCAUGUUUACGACGGUUUACGGUAAUGUAUCCCAUAGUCCUUCACUCCCUGAACUCAAGAAGGGGUCUGUUUUCAGGUCUUCGAGGCUGAACAUCUUUCAGUUUAUCGUAAAAAUCGUAGCAGCUAUAAAUAAUAGACGCUAUUGAAUAGUGUAGGUAGAAACCGAUGUUUUUCGAAGAAUUGGCUGUAAAAUAUUCUAUUGGCUCAAUCUAAAAGUAGCGUAAUCUGUACCGUUGGAUCUGUGGUGCUCCGGACGAAAGCUAUACCAUGGAUACAUUGAUGGUAAAUGGCAUGAAUUUACAAACACAGUUGAGUUCAAUCAUGGAUGUAUUGGCCAAAACGGCUGUUACUGAAAUCGGCAAAAUAAUAAACGAGUGCGCGAUGAUUUUACGCCUGGAAGUAUCUCAGCGCACUAACGAGAACGACUCCCUGAGAAAGAGGUGUGAAUUGUUAGAGAUCCAAUUGAGAGCUGUGCGGAGCAAUGGCGGUGGUGGGGGUGUUCAAGGGACUGGGACGCAUAAGACCCCGGUCACCAGUGCAUCUGAUGGGGUAGAAUUCUGUGGCGAAGUCAGAACCAUGGCAGGUGUGCAUCAACCAUCCAUAGAGAAUGUCUUCGGAAAAGAGUGGUGCAUGAAUUUGUGGAAAGAUGGAGAAACUAGUCAGAUAGACAAACAUGGCUCACAACUGGAGGCUGCUAUACCAGAUGAGUCUAUAGAUUUGGUGGAUGACGAACCAGAGAUGAUUUUAAUCAAAGAAGAGGCAUUUGAAGAUUGCCAAGGGGAGACUAAUCUUCAUAAUGUCCUAAGGAAUAACAAAAGAUCUACUAUAUCCAGUAAAGAUGUUGGCCAAAGAGCCACAGGGGCAUCUCAACAUUGUGAGGGAGACUUUAUGACUUACUCCGUUCCUCCAGAUGAUCAGGAGCAGCCCACCAUGCUUUUCCAAGCCUCCGGAAAUCCUCCUGAGACCUGUAUCGUUACUGGAGAUGCCACAGACUCUCCGCUUGGCUCUGAUGAUUACCCUGUGUUCUAUCCUGGCAACAGUAACUUUGGUAACAGCAACUUCAGCACCACUCAGAAUCAGAGGGGUGGCAACGGGGACAAAAAAUUCAGUUGCAUAUUCUGUGGCAAAAGUUUUAACUAUUUGAGCUACCUCAAAGUUCACGUGCGGCGACAUUCAGGCGAGAAACCAUUUGGCUGUAACGUGUGCGGCAAACGUUUUGCGCAGAAGACGUACCUCAAGCUCCACGAGCGCACCCAUUCUGGAGAAAAGCCCUACACGUGCAUGGAGUGCGGCAAGAGCUUCUCGCAGAAGAGCUCUUUAAAUGUACACCUGCGCAGUCACACCGGGGAAAAGCCAUAUAGUUGCCUGGAAUGCGGAAAGAGCUACGCUUAUAAACAUGGUUUUAACACCCAUCAGUGCGUUGCCUAGGAGACCACCCUGGGGAAGUGCUGGCAUUUGAAAAGUAAAUCAUGAAAUGUUACAUCAAAAAGUCACAAUUCUGUCCCACAGAAUCUCAGGGUAUGAGGUGAAGCUGAGAACGGACAAGGGUUUUUCAACAAGGCAGUUUCAGUGUCUUUACAGGGGAUAUGCUGCAAGGUAUUGAACACUAGCUAGAUAUGUAUUCAGAAAAAGCCAGAAGGCUACAAAAUCCACACUGAUCUGGUUGCACUAUCCCCAGAGCCAAGGCUAUCAGGUCAGAUGGACAGCACCUGACUGAUAUACAACCACAUUUCAGUGUUACAGUGUUAGUAGAAGUGCAUGGUAUUUAAAUUUGAAUUGGUCUUGUUGUUUGAUAUUAAUUUGCAGUGUUCGGGUUUUCAAUUUUAUGUUACUAAAACAAAAAGGGAAAAAAAACAAAGGCUUUGUAUAAUUCUGUACACUAACUGCCUUAAGUACAUUCUUAUUGAUUAGCCUUGGAAUCCUCUAACUGUGUAAGUUACAAAGCUCACCUGGUACAUCAAGGUGCCCUGCUAUCAAUGCCAAGGAGACGGUUAUCCAGGAGCACAUGCCAAAAAUAUAUAUAGUUUUAGUACUGCAAAUCUAUGGAUACAAAUGUCUAGUGUAAAAAUGUAAUAUUAGCUAAAUAUAUGUUGAAUGCCAUUCUGAAACACUAGUUACCUGGGGCCAAAACUUUUUUUUUUUUUUUUAAUAAACAGGAAUAAUUCACCAUUAAA